AUUCAAAUAAGAAGAGAGAUAAUUUAUUUGCUAAUAUUUGUGUGGCCAUCUCACAUGCCACAUGUGCACUGUGCACAUUGAAGGAUUAGAGCUCUAACUAAAAAUAACGGCAAAGAUCAAUCGAUCAAUUUCAGGGGGAAAUUUCAUACUCGAUGUUUUUCAGUAUACUCCCUUAUUUAACGUGUACUAUUAAAGAAACAUACAUCUUUAAUAAGAUGAGAAUCCUAAUUAACCUUAAAUACAUCAUCUAUUCACCCUAAUUCCAUCCAACCCCAAUUACCAUCUUUAUUAUAUACUCCGUAUAUAUACAUAAGAAACAUACAACCUGUAAUACACGCACGCAAAUCCACUCAGCCGUUCUCAUUCUUCUGGCUAUUUGAAGGCAAAUUUGCAACAGAGAUGAAGCAAACCCUGGAAGCAAACGGCAGGCGGCUGGAUGAGAUCGCCGCAUCCCUUGCGGCGCUGACCAAGGCCCUUGUGCCAUCGAUCACGGCGGAGACACUAUCAGACACAGUCAUCGGUGCCGCCAUCGUAGCGGCAACACACAACGAUAGACCUCCGCGCAGCACUCCUCCAACGUUGCUGCCCAUGUUCGACAGAAAAAAACCGAUUAGGUGGAUAGCUAGGGCUGAGCAAAAGUUCGAAAUUAAUCAAACCCUACCUGAGAGGAAAGUGACAGCAGCUACGGUAGCCAUGGAAGGAGCUGCCUUGGACGGGUUGACCUGGUUGAAGGCACAAAAACCGAGCAUGACCUGGGAGAAAUUUACACAAGCACAGGUGGCCCGAUUUGAUUCACGGUUCAAAGAAAGCCGAUUCAAACGGCUGUUCAGGGUCAAACAGUUGGGAACCGUAGAGGAAUAUAAUAACCUUUUUGUUCAAUUGUCCAGUCAGGUUCCCGGACUGUCCGAUGCUUAUUACUUGGGGUAUUUCAUGAACAAGCUGAAAAGAUCAAGUGGCAGCUUUCCUCAAGAUACGGGGCAGCCCCCGGGGACAAAUAUGAGCUGGUUUCCGGAUUUCAACCUUGAGGACAAGGUUUUUUCGAAGAGGGAUGGAAUUGAUAUGAAGCAGAAUCUGGGCUUGGAAGAAGAGGGGAAGAAGCCCCCGUGGGUUUACCGAAGGCGGGACAGGCUUGAGCCUACCUCCGUGGGCUGGUUACGGGCUGUUUAAUUAAUAUUUAUUCUUUUUAAUUUUCCUGAUUUGUUUCCUAUUAGGAGUUAAUUAGGAUUUCUAAUAUUUGUUUCCUAUUAGGAGUUAAUUAGGAUUUCUAUUAUUUCUUUCCUAUUUGGAGUUGAUUAGGAUCUUUAUUAUUCUGUUAGAGUUGAUUAGGAUUUCUAGGAUUUUGUUUCCUAGUUUAAUUAUUAGUAGAUGGGUAUUUAAACCCCUUGUUAGGAUUCAUUCUGGCUCAUCUUGGAAUAAAAGUUGGUUUAGCCUUUUGGCUCUGGGCAACGGUAUUUAUUUAUCGUUGAUUAUCUGG